AUUUGAAAAAUGUUGUAUGUGACGGCGUAUUGUUUAAAUAGUAAAUGAAAUUGAUUUAUUUUUUAGGAUGAAUUUAAGCAAUCUUCGUUUGUUAUAAAUCUUACAUAUCUUCAACAAAAACAACAAGAAAUUAAAUAACUGUAUUUUUAUUUUAUUUUUGAUGUCUCCGUAGAGCUAUGGUGCAAAACAAUGACUUGGCUAUUUGUUAUACUUGUUUUGAGCAAUGCACCGAUGUAGCUGUUUUUGCUCAAGAUAGAUGCUACCAUCAGAAUUGCUUCACCUGCAAACAGUGCAACAUAAAUCUGUCAAAAUCUGGCUAUUUCUUUUGCAACAAUAACUUUUAUUGCACUGAGGAUUACAGUAAGUUAUUUGGUUCAAAAUGUUCUGGUUGUCAGAAGUUUGUUGAAGGGGAAGUAAUUUUAGCUGUAGAAGAGAUUUUUCAUCCAGAAUGUUUUGAUUGUGUUUACUGUGGAAAGUUGUUUCCACCAAAUGUGAAAAUUCUUUAUGAUGGGAAUCAUUUUAUGUGUGAAGGUUGUAAUAUACAAGAUAAAUACAAAAGCAAGGAGAUAAAAAGUGAAAUUACUGAGUCAAGUAUAAACAGUUGCGCUGGCUGCCAUAAUGUCAUAAAGAGUGGUCAAGCAUUGCUAGCUCUUGAAAAACAAUGGCAUCUAUGGUGUUUUUCAUGUUUUAAAUGUGGUUGUCUUCUUGCUGGAGAAUAUAUGGGAAGAAAUGGUGUGCCAUAUUGUGAGCAAGAUUAUCAAUCAGAGUUUGGUGUUAGCUGUUCAGGAUGUGGAGGUUAUAUCACUGGGAAAGUAUUACAGGCUGGUGAAAAACACUACCAUCCUCACUGUGCACGAUGCGCAAAGUGUACUCAGAUGUUUGGUGAAGGAGAAGAAAUGUAUUUACAAGGUUCUGAUAUUUGGCAUCCUCAUUGUAGUGAAGAAUAUCAAAGAGAGAACACACCAAAAGAGCAGCGCAAAGAGAAUGAAUAUAAAAAUGGAAAUAAUUUGUCUGAAUUGGUUAUUAGAGAUAAUUCAAGCAAAAACAGAUCUACCCAAAACUCAAAUGCAACUAAUGCACAAUCUAUUGAUUUUACAGUAUCAAAUACCAAGACAUCAGGCUUUCGUUCUGUUAAGCCCCCAUUCAUGCAAGAAUUAUCUAAUGAAAAUGGCAAUGAUGAACCCUACAAGCCACCACCUCCGAGACGCUCGAGUAGUAACACAUGGCAGACAAAAUACACACCAAUUUUGAAUGGCCCUACUCCAUUUCAAAAAUCGUCUGAAACAAAGUUUGAAACAAACUUUCGCCAACGACCUUUGUCAUACAUAGAAUCGGCUGCUAAUAAGCAGAAUGGAGGAGAUUUGAACAGACCAAAGUCUACUUUAUAUCCUUCAACAAAUGGUGAAAUAUCUCCGGGUGAAAAGCCUGAACGAACUUCAUCUUUCAAGAAAGGAGAUGGUGUUAACAAAUUGCAAAUGCGGAUGUCUCAAAGAGCGGAGCAGAAACCUAAUCAAAAUUCAGAAAAUGAUUCAAUUCAAAGGAGUGGAAGUUUGAGUCGUACAAAAAGAAUGGAUCACUUAACCGAUCGAGAAUUCUAUGAUGUUUUUGAGAUGAGUCGAGAAAAAUUUGCUACCUUACCGAAGUGGAAACAGGAAGACCUUAAAAAGACAUGUUUGUUAUAAGUUCUAAUUAAUUUCGGUUGCGUUGUUUUCUCGUAAACAACCAUUUCUAACUGUGUGUAAUUAAUACGGUUGCAUUAUUCAGUUUUUAAAUUGGUUUUAUAUUCUACCGUUAAAAAGUCUUUCUUUGCAAUGUUUGACAUUGUCUUAAGAAAUAAUAUCAGAUUGGUAUAUGGAACGAUGGAUUAGUGUAAAUUACAGAUCAAUAAAUUAAAUAGACGCUUUAAAGUUGUACAUUUGUUCCGUUUUUUUGAUAUCAAACCAGGAGGCACUAUUUUCUAAUUUCGUAUCCUGAUAUUUAUUGCUGGUAUUUUUUUUUUUUAAAUAUUUUUUUGCUUAAAUAUUAAUGUAUAUAUAUACAUACGAUGCAGUCUUUUCUUGUUUUUAUUUUCAUUACGUUCACAGAAAUUUUUAUGAAUUAGCGAAUCACAUUGUAUGCAUUUUUUGGGAUUAAUUUUUCUAUAUCCAUUAUUUAUAUAUAUAUAUAUUGAAUUUUAACGGUUGUAUUCUAAUUAGAUACACAGCUUGAUUUGUUUUCUA